CUUCUAUUCUCUCAACAUUAAAUAUCUCUCUCUAUCUCUCUGUACAUGUCUCUAUAGCCUACACAUAUACAUAUAUAUCGACCAACGGCGUGAACCGCAUAAUUGCAACCCCAACCAAAAUUUACUCAAAAGUUAUGGCGCAAGAGUUGGCUGACGGUGAGUUUUGGUUGCCUCCGGAGUUCUUAAACGAUGAAGACAUACUUAUGGACUUCAUCCCUAAGAGACCCAUCACCAAGGGCUCUUCUGGGUUAUGCGGGUCCGGGUCGGAUCUUAGCUCUCCUGUUGAGUCUGAAAGUGAUGAAGAAGAUUACCUCUCUGGGCUGACCGUGAAAUUCACUAACAUAACUCUUGAGUGUGAUUUCCGGAAAUAUGCAAACAACAAUAACCACUCUAAGUCAACAAGGGUUAUGGCUGGUUCACCACAGUCAACACUGUGUGGGUUCAAACCAGGUUCAAGCAGAGGAAGUCCCAACUGUUUGUCUCCUCCGACCACGGCAGCGCCGGUUAACCGGAGUGAACCGUCGUGGGACCUACUGUAUGCUGCCGCCGGUGAAGUUGCUAGGAUGAGGAUGGCUGAAGAAGAAGCUAUUCUCCGUUAUCAACAGCUUAAGCUUGCUCAGAUACAACAAAUGAAGAGAUUACAAAUGGUUAAACAACAGCAAUAUUUGCAGAUGGUUCUACAAAACAGGAAAAGGAAUGAAGCUGGAAGUGUCCGGGUCGGGUCAGUUGCUCCACCGUUGUCUAGUUGGCCUACCCCACAACAAUCUCAACAGCGACCACCCGGGUCGGGUAUGCGGGCUGUUUUUCUCGGUAACCCGGGUACUGUUAAACGAGAAUCCACGGGUACUGGUGUGUUUUUGCCUAGGCAAGCCGGAGCCCCGACUGAACCCGUUAAGAAAAGAGGAUGUUCAACUGUUUUACUUCCGGAGAGAGUGGUUCAGGCACUCAACUUGAAAACAGUUGAGGCUGAUGUGUCAGAAACAGAAAUGAUGUACCGGAACAGUAUGAUGAUGAGUCAGCAACGGAGGAACACCACCCACCGGCAACAACCGGCGGAAUUCCGGUUGCCACAAGAAUGGACUUAUUGAAGAACCAAGUGUAGGAAAAUAUUAGGGGAAAGAAGUUAGGAAAAUAUUAUUAGCAGACUAGUAUAGAAAAUGGUGAUUUUUAAGAAGAAAAUGGGUUUGUUUUGUUUUAAUGAUGAUGAAUAAUAAAGAAUUUAAUGGUGGGGAUUAUACCAACAGAAAAUAUACUCCGUUUUGGGUUAGAAGGAGAAUUUUUGUUUGGUUUUUGUUUAAUGAUGUUUUAAGAAGAAUAAAUAAGGUGAUUUAGUGUGACAAGUUUAAAUUGAGUGAAAGAUUGGGGGGGUCUUGAUCAUGUCUUGUUUGGCCUUUUUAGAGCCUUCAAUGAUCUGGUUCAUGGCUAAUGGCCUAUGGUUACUUUUAACUUUUCGUGAUAUUUAUUUUUGUUUGAGCCCUCCUGAAGUGUGUAGGAAUUUUAAUUCGAGUCCAUCUGUUUUUGUAUGGCUUGGAAUCUUAUAAUAAAGAUUUAACUAUA